UUUCACUAGUGUCUUUGGUUUCGUGCUUGUGCCAAUCAUGAAUACUUUAAGCUUCAUUUGUAUUUUGGCUUUUUGUGGAAGAAGUUUGAGUCAGGAGCAAACAUACGUUAUUACAGCACCAAAUAUCUUUCGUGUUUUAGCAUCUGAGAAAGUGGUAAUUCAAGCUUUUGGAUAUGAGACUGCAUUUCCUGUCAGUAUCUCUAUUAAAAGUUUUCCUGAUAAGCGUACUACUUAUGCUUCUGGCCACACUCAGUUAUCUCCAGCCAACAAAUUCCAAGGCUCUGUAACAUUAACAAUUCAACCAAAAGAUUUGCCAACAUCAGCAAGUUCAGUCCUGUAUGUGUAUCUGGAAGCUAGUUCUUCACAUUUUACAAGAGAGAAAAAAAUGCCAGUUACCUAUAAAAAUGGAUUUCUCUUUAUUCAGACGGACAAACCCAUUUAUACUCCUGAUCAAUCAGUGAAAGUCAGGGUUUAUUCUUUGAAUGAAGAACUGAAGCCAGCCCGAAGAGAAACUGUCUUAACUUUUGUGGAUCCAGAAGGAGUAAAAGUGGAUAUUAUAGAAGAGAGAGACUUUACUGGAAUUUUAUCUUUUCCUGACUUCAAGAUUCCCUCUAAUCCUAAAUAUGGUGUCUGGAAGAUUGAAGCCAAGUACAAAAAGAGUUUCACAACUUCUGCUGUUGCAAAAUUUGAAGUAAAAGAAUAUGCAAUGCCAAGUUUUUUCAUCUCCAUAGAACCAGAAAAGAACAUAAUUAGUUCUGAGAAAUUUGAGACAUUCAGGAUUACUGUUAAAGCUAGGUAUUUUUAUAAUAAGAAGGUCACCAGGGCAGUCGUCUAUAUGCAUUUUGGAAUAAUGGAAGGAACUGAAAAAAAGAUGAUGAAAAGAGCAAUGUACGUAACUGAGAUAGUUGAUGGAGUUGCAGAGGUCGAUUUUAAUAGUAAAAAUGCAGUUAAGGAAAUAGGCUACCAAAGCCUAGAAGAGUUAGAUGGGUCAUACCUGUAUAUUGCUGUAACAGUGUUGGAAUCUACAGGUGGACUUAGUGAAGAAAGUGAAUUUGCUGGAGUCAGAUAUGCGCUGUCUCCCUACAAAUUGAACUUGGUUGCUACGCCUCUAUUUGUGAAGCCCGGUCUUCCAUUCUUCAUCAAGGUUCAGGUAAAGGAUACAUUGGACCAGCCUGUGGGGAACCUCCCUGUAAUUCUCAGUGCAAAUGUAUUUGAUGAGCAAAUGGAUUCAACUACGUUGGUACAAGAAGGCUCAGAUGCUGGGACAAGACAAACAAGCAUGAAUGAUGGAACUGCUUUAUUUGUGGUUAAUAUUCCAUCUGCUAGCAAAGCACUGGAAUUUCAACUAAAAACUGCAGAUGCAAGUCUAUCAGAAGAAAAUCAGGCAACUGGAAACUAUGAAGCAAAAGCAUACUCAUCACUCAGCAAAAGCUAUCUGUACAUUGACUGGGCUUCAAACUAUAAACUACUACAUGUCGGGGAUUAUAUGAGCAUUAAAGUGUAUCCACAUAGCCACUAUAUUCAUAAAAUACAUCGCUACAGCUAUUUGAUAUUAUCCAAAGGGAAAAUAGUAAGUUUUGGAACUCAGGAGAGGAUUAUGAGCUCAGAUUAUGAAAAUCUAAGCUUUCAGCUAACUCAAGAAAUGGUUCCUUCAGCCCGUCUCCUUGUCUACUACAUUGUCACUGGAGAGGAAACUGCAGAACUAGUAGCUGAUUCAGUCUGGCUGAAUAUAGAACAGAAGUGUGGCAAUAGCCUCCAGGUUCAGUUAUUAUCAAAACAAAACUCUCAUAAGCCUGGCACGGUUAUAUCAAUUAACAUGAAAACCCAGUUCAGUUCUUUUGUUGCUUUGUCAUCUAUCGACAAGGCAAUAUAUGGAAUCACAGGAACAAGAGAGAGGUCUAUGGAAAGAGUAAUGUUAGAUUUGGAAAAGAGUGAUCUUGGAUGUGGUGCUGGAGGAGGGCAGAACAAUGUUGAUGUGUUCCGAUCAGCUGGGCUUACAUUUCUAACCAAUGCUAAUGCAGAUGACUCUAAAGUAGCAGACGAAAGUUGUAAAGCAAUUGUAAGACCAAGAAGAUCCAGCUUUGAAGAGGAAAUUCAAAACAAAGCAUCCAGAUAUUUGCAUCCAGAGAUUCGGAAGUGCUGUAUGUCUGGAGUAAAAGAAUCUCCUCUUGGGGAGACUUGCGAUCAGAGAGUUGAGCAUAUUAAGAGUGUUCCUAGGUGCAUAAAAGCAUUCAAGGAUUGCUGUGAAUUUGCAACAAAACUACGGGAGAAUGAGACCCACAAAGUUUUAAUAUUGGCAAGAAUGCAGCUUAAGGCUCUACUGGGAUUGGACAAGCCAGAGAUUCGAAGCUACUUCCCUGAAAGCUGGUUAUGGGAAGUCCACCAAGUUCCUCCAGGAUCAAAGGCCCUUUCAGUGACUCUGCCUGAUUCUCUGACUACAUGGGAAAUACAAGGUGUUGGCAUUUCAGAUAAAGGUAUAUGUGUUGCUGAUGCACUCCAAGUGCAGGUUUUAAAAGAUGUUUUCCUGAGCAUGCAUAUACCUUAUUCUGUUGUGCGUGGAGAACAAAUUGAGUUAAAAGGAUCUAUUUACAACUACAGAGAUUCCAGAAUGAUGUUCUGUGUUAAAGCAACAGUUGGAGAUGGAAUCUGUUUGUUCAAAGGCUCUGCAAGUGCUCAGCAAGGGUUACAGAGUUGUAAAUUUCAGAACCUAGCUGGCUAUUCUGUUGCAUCAGUUACAUUCAGAAUACUCCCUCUGGAACUAGGUCUUCAUACAAUUAACUUUACAUUGUUGGCUCAACAGAACAGUGAAGUUUUAGUGAAAACAUUGCGUGUGGUGCCAGAAGGUAUUAAAAGAGAACUUCAUGCAGGCUUUUCUCUGGAUCCACAAGGUGUUUAUGGUAUAAUCAGAAGACGACAAGAAUUUCGACACAGGACACCAUUAGAUCUGGUCCCCAAAACGAAAAUUGACAGGACUGUGAGUAUAAAAGGACAGUUUAUGGGUGAGGUAAUCUCUGCUGUUCUCAAACGUGAAGGUGUCCAGUUUCUUACUAAUUUGCCCAAGGGCAGUGCAGAGGCAGAGCUCAUGAGUAUUGCUCCAGUAUUUUAUGUCUUUCACUACCUGGAAAAGUCUGAUAACUGGAAUUUACUUGGCCCUGAAACCAUAACAUCAAGAGUUAACAUGAGGAGGAAGAUGAAAGAAGGUAUUGUAAGCAUCCUGUCAUUCAGAAACAGAGACUUCUCGUACAGCAUGUGGAAAGACGGGACGUCCAGCACUUGGUUGACAGCUUUUGCCUUAAGGAUUUUUGGACAAGUUAGUCAGUAUAUUACUCUGGAUCAAAUUUCUGUUUGUAAUUCACUGAUGUGGCUGAUUGAAUAUUGUCAAAUGACAGAUGGGUCCUUCAAGGAACUUUCAAGUUAUCAGCCAGUAAAACUACAGGGUACUUUGCCUAAAGAAGCCAAAGAAAAAACUUUGUAUCUCACAGCUUUUUCUGUUGUUGGACUUGCAAAGGCCAUUCACUUAUGUCCAACACAGAAAAUCCAAGAAGCUAAAAAUGCAGCAGAAGAGUAUUUGCUGAAAAAUGUGCAAGCUGCCCAAAGCACAUUUACCUUGGCAAUAGCUGCUUAUGCUUUAGCUCUCAUGGAUUCAAACCAUCCUGGUGCACGCUCAGCUUUCUCUGCAGUGAAGAAGGAAGCUCUUGUAAAAGGUGACCCUCCUGUUUAUCGUUUUUGGAAGGAUACUUCCACUAAACUAGAUAAAUAUGUUCCUAAUGCUGGCACUGCACAGAUUGUUGAAACCACUGCUUAUGCCUUGCUAACCACUCUGCUGAGUGGGGACAAAGUCUAUGCUAAUCCGGUUGUCAGAUGGUUGUCUGAAGAGCAAAGAUAUGGUGGUGGAUUUUAUUCCACUCAGGACACAAUUAACGCCCUCGAAGCCUUGACUGAGUAUUCCCUUCUCGUUCAACGUCUUUCACUGAACAUGGAUGUCAAGGUGUCUUACAAGAAUUAUGGAGACCUUCAGCGCUAUAAAUUGACAGAAGAAAAUUACAUAGGAAGGACUGUGGAAGCACCUUUGUACGAUGACAUAUAUGUAAGCACUGGGAGUAGCACUGGCUUAGCAACAGUAAAUGUGAGGACUGUAUAUCAUAAAUUCAGUACUUCUGAGGAGACAUGUAACUUUGAGUUGAAGGUUAAUGUAUUGACAGAUAAAGGCGAAAGAAGACAAGAUGAUGACCAACCUGAACGUUUAGAGGCCUGCGCAAAGUACAAGCCUAGUGAGAGAGAACCACAGUCAGGGUCUUCCCAUGCAGUGAUGGAUAUAACUUUGGUUAGCGGACUGGAAGCAAAUACAGAAGAUUUAUCUACUCUUGCAAGUGGAGUUGAUCAGUUGAUAACAAAUUAUGAGAUAAAAGAUGGACAUAUUGUUCUACAGAUAGACUCGGUGCCAGCUAAUAAAUUCAUGUGUAUUGCGUUCCGAAUAGGGGAGAUUUACCGUGUUGGCAUGCGGAGCCCUGCCACAUUCACUGUGUAUGAAUAUCAUGCACCAGAUAAACAAUGCACUAUAUUUUAUAACCCCUAUGGAAAUGACAAACUUCUGAGACUGUGUGAAGGAGCUGAGUGCAAAUGCAUGGAAGCGGAAUGCAGUCAAAUGCAAAAGAAAUUAGAUCUAACAAUAGCUGCUGAUAGGAGGAGGGAAGCUGCAUGCCAGCAAGUCAUUGCAUAUGUCUAUAAGGUGAGCAUCUUGUCCUCCAGUGAAGAAGGUAGUUUUAUUAAGUAUACUGCAACUCUUCUGGAUCUCUAUAAAACAGGAGAGGCUUUUGCCCAAAAAAAUAGUGAAAUCACCUUUGUUAAAAAGAAGACUUGUACUGAUGUUAGACUGAAUCCAGGAAAUCAGUAUUUGAUCAUGGGAAAAGAGGCCUUUCGGAUAACUGUCGGUUUCAGUUUCAAAUACCAGUAUCCAUUAGACUCUAUGACUUGGAUUGAGUGGUGGCCUUCAAAUACAGCUUGUGCAUCUUGUAAAAAGUUUGUAGAUACAAUGGAAGAAUUUUCUGAAGAUCUCUUUAUCAAUGGCUGUUAACUUCCUUGGGAGAAUUCUGCUGAGUAAAAAUUGCAUAUUGAGUCUCACUAAAAGCACAUAUUCUUAGCUGUUUAGUAAUUCUUUCCAAACUUUAACAUUCAUAGCUAGGUUUACUUGGGAGGCUUCAUUUGCUUAUAUUUAACAGCAUCUGUUUUUAUAAGAUAAUUAUUUUAGAAUUGUAACUUUUUGCAUUGACGCUAAGGUGGGAUGGGGGGAUAUUCCAGAAAUACUGCAAAGACAUUUGAAGUCAGAUGAAAUUAAAUGCAGCACCAUUUUAAAAAAAAAAGGAAAGAGAGAAAUAUUGCCUUGUGCCAAAACAGUUGGACCCACUGAAAUGCAAUAUUUUAUUAAAACAUUCUUAAUUUUAUUUUCCUUGUAUUUUUGUUCAUCAGAUACUGUUCUUAAUUUCUUCAUUUAUAUUCUGUCAUACAAAUUGAUACUAAAAUUUACAGUGCUACAUCUCACACAAUCUCUUUUUAUGGGAUAAAAUGAUUUAAAAUGGGUUUAUGUUUUAAAUGAAACCUAUUUCUAUGUAACCUCUCUGUCUGCUGAGGUUUUAUAGCAGGUCCAGCAUCUUAAUAUCUAAGUAGGUAGUAUCUAGGGUAAGUUCCUCACCGCUUCACCAGCCUCACUAUGUUAGGUGAAGUGUAAAGGGGCUCUGAGAGCCCAGGAUCCUGCCAGGGAAGAUUCCGCUGGUGCAGGAACUGUGGAAGACAUGUCAUAAGACUGUUCAAAGUAUGCUGGGGACUGCACUAACCCUCUGAGCAGCCCAGAAUCAGGAUGCAGCCACCUUAAUUACCCUUCCCUCUGUCCUGUAAGUUCUUUGCUGCACCUCUUAGAACAGAGAAUCUCGCUCCCAGUAUCUAAGACCUAGCUCAGCAAAUGAGUGGCACAUUGUCUGCUGAAUGGUUAGUAACAGUUAAGGUUUUCCGGACGCUCAGGUAGAGAGUAACUAGAAAAUUUUGAAAUCACGUACCAGAAAGUUGUGAAGAUUAAUGCUUGAAGGACAUGAAUUUAUGUAGAAGCAUCAUAAUUUGUAAAUAACAAAAAAUGUGUUUGCAUAUCAGAAAGCUAAGUGGCAUAAUGGCCUUUCAUUUGAGAGAGGUUGUCAUUUUUAAUUCUAUGUAACAGUAUUUGAUAUUGGGCUUUAUUUUUCAACUAAACAGUCCUUAUGAGGAUUUUGUUAAUUUCAUAAAUUAUAUCAUGUCUGUUAGCCUGAAGGUUCAUAAAAUGCUUUUUCACAA